AUGUCAGCGUGUGGACUUGCGUCAAAAAGUAUAAACAAUGAGUGGUUCUUAGAUAGUGGUGCUUCCGAACAUAUGUGCUCUACAGUAGACAAUUUUAUAAACUAUAAAAAGUUGUUAGUGCCUAAAGACGUUGUUAUUGGGGAUGGGACAAUAAUAAAAGCAUUAGGUUAUGGUGACAUUGACCUUGAAGCAUAUGAUGGUCAACAAUGGAUCAAAACAUUAAUAAGCAAUGUUUUGUAUGUGCCGAGCAUCAAGGUAAACCUAUUUUCCAUGAGUGCUGCUCUGGAUAAAGGCUACAAGCUGGAAUCAACUGCUACUGAGUGCCAGUUUAUAAAAAACAAUAGUGUCUAUGCUAUAGCGAAGAGACAUGGUAAAAUGUACACUAUGUUAUUCAAAAAGCCCGAUGCUUGUGCCAUGGUUGGAAAAGUGAUGUCAAAUUUAAGGGAAUGGCAUACUAAACUAGCUCACCAAGACAUUAACCAAGUAAAAAGCAUCUUGAUGAAACAGAAUAUAAAGUUUAAAAAUAGUAAAGAAGAAACCUGUUUGCCAUGUUUGAAAGGAAAACAACAUAAGUUUCCCUUCCCACUGAGUACCCAUAGAGCAACAAAACCAGGAGAGGUUAUCCAUAUAGAUAUUGGAGGCCCAAUAGAAGAAACUUCACUAGGAGGGGCAAAGUUCUUUUUACUCAUUAAGGAUGAUUAUUCCAAAUAUAGAAAGGUGUAUUUUCUGAAGAACAAAAGUCAGUCUAUAGAAUAUUUAAAACAGUUGUUGAAGAUGAUGAUGAUGGAAUAUAAAUCAAUUAGACAUUCCUCUUAUGCAGCACUUUAUUACAGUGAUUAUAAUGUAUGCGCUUGCGCUAGGCUCGCUCGC